CGCGGUCUGACUCAGCGGGGGGCAGGGCUCAAACCGCCUCCGUCACGCUGCGUCAGUCCAGAGUCGCACAAUUAUGAAAAUUCCACCUUCCGCUGGAGCUGCAGCGGACGCACACGACUCCCUCCGCCGCCACCGGGCUCUCCUUCCGCGGCUCACCGAGCAGCACGGCGCCGAUAGAUGGCUAGACGCCCCGGAUCAGCGCGUCGCGACUCUGAACGGUGAAGAGAAUGUCCCAGAAGUCCUGGAUCGAACACAGUUUCACCAAGAGGGAAUGUGUCUAUAUACUGCCCGUGUCAAAAGACCCGCACAGAUGCCUCCCAGGAUGCCAAAUCUGUCAGCAGCUCGUGCGAUGCUGCUGCGGGCGUCUGGUUCGGCAGCACGUGGGCUUCACCGCCACACUGGCAGUGAAAUACUCAGACGUGCGCCUGACCGAGGGCGAGCUGUCCGAUCUGGAGCAGUGGUCAGUGGAGAAGCACACGGAGGAGAGUGUUCUGAUUGGUCGGGGGGUUAAUGAUGUCCUGGUCUGCUCUCUGCAGUAUGUGCGUCUCUCCUAUGACUCCCGUCCGGAGGCCAUCCUGAGGCUCAUGCUGAAGGAAUGGCAGAUGGAGCUGCCAAAGAUCGUCAUCAGCGUUCACGGUGGAAUCCAAAACUUCGACCUGCAUCCGCGGAUCAAGCAGGUGGUGGGAAAAGGACUGAUCAAAGCUGCUGUCACCACCGGAGCCUGGAUCCUGACCGGAGGGGUCAACACAGGUGUGGCCAAACAUGUGGGUGACGCUCUGAAGGAACAUAUGUCCAGAUCGGCUCGGAAAAUCUGUACGGUGGGAAUCGCACCCUGGGGAGUGAUCGAAAACAGGAACGACCUCAUCGGAAGAGACGUUGUAGCGCCGUACCAAACCCUGCUGAAUCCUCUCAGUAAACUCAACGUGCUGAACAACUUCCACUCUCAUUUCGUCCUGGUGGAUGAUGGGACAGUCGGGAAAUAUGGAGCUGAAGUCAAACUCAGGAGAGAGCUGGAGAAACACAUUAACCUGCAGAGAAUCCACGCCCGUGAGACACACACAUACACACACAAACACACACACACACAGAUAAAUCUCGAUGUAGAAUAUAAGCUUCACAUUCACACCUCGAGUCAAGACAAAACCUGUGUGUAUGUUUGUAGAGCGCUGCCUGACGGUGUUGAGGCCGACAUCAUUGCGACAAUCAAGAAAACGUUUAACUUCAGCCAGAGUGACGCUCUGCAUCUCUUCCAGACGCUGAUGGAGUGCAUGAGGAACAAAGAGCUGAUCACAGUGUUUCCUGUGGGCUCGGAGGACCAUCAGGACAUCGAUGUGGCCAUCCUGAAAGCUCUGCUCAAAGGCACGAACGCGUCGGCCUUCGAUCAGCUGGUCCUGACGCUGGCGUGGGAUCGGGUGGACAUCGCUAAAGAUCACGUGUUUGUUUACGGACAACAGCUGCUGGUGGGCUCCCUCGAGCAGGCGAUGUUGGAUGCGUUGGUGAUGGACCGUGUGGAGUUUGUUAAGCUCCUGAUAGAGAAUGGUGUCAGCAUGCACCGGUUCCUCACAAUCACACGUCUGGAGGAGCUCUACUAAACGAAACAAACUCCGACCAAUCCGACGCUCUAUCACCUGGUGAGGGACGUCAAACAGGGUAACCUCCCGCCCAACUAUAAGAUCACGCUGAUCGACGUGGGGCUGGUGAUCGAGUAUCUGAUGGGAGGAACGUACAGGUGCAACUACACACGCAAACGCUUCCGCAUCAUCUACAACAACCUGCACGGGAACAGCCGGCGGUCAGGUCGACACACAGCUGGCAGCUCCCAUGAGUCCUUCAGCAUUCAGGCAGAUAAAAAAGAGAAGACGCGACACAAUCACUUCAUCAACACGGCGCAGCCCUACAAACCCAGGCUGGACUCUGUCUCCGAGCAGCAGAAGAAGAAGAGUAAGGAGGAGGUGGUGGACAUCGACGAUCCGGAGACGCGCAGGUUCCCGUACCCCUUCAACGAGCUGCUGGUGUGGGCCGUGCUGAUGAAGCGGCAGAAGAUGUCUCUGUUCUUCUGGCAGCACGGCGAGGAGUCCAUGGCCAAAGCUCUGGUGGCCUGCAAACUGCUGCGCUCCAUGGGAUACGAGGCCAAGAAGAGCGACGUGGUGGACGACACCUCCGAGGAGCUGAAGGAGUAUUCCAAUGAGUUCGGCACGCUGGCGGUGGAUCUGCUGGAGCAGUCGUUCAGGCAGGACGAGACGAUGGCCAUGAAGCUGCUGACGUACGAGCUGAAGAACUGGAGCAACUCCACCUGUCUGAAGCUGGCGGUGUCGUCGCGCCUCCGGCCGUUCGUGGCUCACACCUGCACACAGAUGCUGCUCUCCGACAUGUGGAUGGGUCGCCUCAACAUGCGCAAGAACUCCCGGUACAAGGUGAUCCUGAGCAUCCUGGUUGCUCCUGCCAUCCUCCUGCUGGAGUACAAGACCAAAGCGGAGAUGUCCCACAUUCCCCAGUCGCAGGAUGCUCAUCAGAGCAUGGAGGACAGCGAGCACAACCUGCAGAAGCCUGACGACAUCCAGAUGGAUGUGUUUAAGGAAGCCCGUCCCAAUGAGAACGAUGAUGUGAAGAAUGAGACGGAGGUUCACGUGCGUUCCCGCCGGUUACCCAUCACACGCAAGUUCUACGCCUUCUACCACGCACCUAUCGUCAAGUUCUGGUUCAACACGCUCUUUUAUAUCGGUUUCCUGAUGCUGUAUUCAUACGUGGUGCUGGUGCGAAUGGAGCCGUUUCCGUCUCCUCAGGAAUGGGUCGUCAUUCUUUACAUCUUCACGCUAGCGGUGGAGAAGAUUCGAGAGAUGUUCAUGUCUGAAGGAGGCAAAAUCAGUCAGAAGAUUAAAGUCUGGUUCAGCAACUACUUCAACGUGUCUGAUUUCCUGGCGCUCCUGAUGUUCUUCGUGGGCUUCGGCCUGCGCUUCGGCUCGGGGAGCGUGUUCAUCGCGGGCCGGAUCGUGUACUGUCUGAACAUCAUCUUCUGGUACGUGCGGCUGCUGGAUAUCCUGGCGGUCAGUCAGCAGGCUGGACCCUACGUCAUGAUGAUCGGGAAGAUGGUGGCCAACAUGUUCUACAUCGUGGUCAUCAUGGCCGUCGUGCUGCUGAGCUUUGGGGUUCCUCGGAAAGCCAUUCUGUACCCAAACGAGGAUCCCUCGUGGAGUUUGGCCAGAGAUGUGGUGUUCCAGCCUUACUGGAUGAUGUACGGUGAAGUUUACGCCUACGAGAUCGACGUGUGUGCGAACUCGAGCGAGGAUCACGCGAAGGAGCUGUGUACGACGGGUGUGUGGUUGAUGCCGCUGCUGCAGGCCGUCUAUCUGUUUGUCCAGUACAUUCUGAUGGUCAACCUGCUCAUUGCCUUCUUCAAUAACGUCUACAUGCAGGUGAUGUCCAUAUCCAACCUGGUGUGGAAAUACCAUCGCUAUCACUUCAUCAUGGCGUACCACGACAAGCCGGUGCUUCCGCCGCCGCUGAUUCUGCUCAGCCACGCCGCGUCUGUGCUGUCUUCCAUCUGCAGGAAGAGGAAGAAGGACAGCAGCGCCUACGGACCAAAGCUCUUCCUGACCGAGGAGGACCAGAAGAAGCUGCACGACUUCGAGGAGCAGUGCGUGGAGACGUACUUCCACGAGAAAGACGAUCAGUUUCACUCUGGGAGUGAAGAGAGAAUCAGACUCACGUCCGACAGGGUGGAAACGAUGUGUGUGCAGCUGAAGGAGGUCGGAAACAAGGUGAACUUCAUCAAGCGCUCUCUGCACACGCUGGAUUCUCAAAUCGGACACCUGCAGGAUCUGUCGGCGCUCACGGUGGACACGCUAAAGGCACUGACCGCGCAGCGAGCGUCCGAGGCUAGCAAAGUGCACAACCAGAUCACACGCGAGCUCAGCAUCUCCAAGAACCUGGGGCCCGACGUGAUGGGGCACUCGAAGUCGAGUGCGCUGGUGCGGUGCAGCGUGGGAUUCCUGCCUCCCGCCGCCAGCAUAGCAGAGUCUCUGUUUGGGGGCGGAGCUGAGGAGCGGCAGGGGGCGGAGCUUCCUCGGAGCCCAGAGGCUGGAUCGAGGUCGGAUCCGGCUCCAGCCACGUUCUUCGUCAGCACGCCGUCACAGCUCACCAUCUCGCACACACACACGGAGCCGGCGCAUGCCGCGGAGGAGUUCGGGGCCUUCGUGGGUGAGUAUGAGGAGGAAGAGGAGGGUGUUUAUGAGAGGAGUGAUGGAGGCCCCCCAGUGGUGGUCGUGAGUGAGCCUGAGCGCGAGGGAUACGUCAAUCACGCCUUCGCUGAUGACGAACACGACCCGCCCGAAAGAAACACGCCCCUUCCUCUGGCCCCUGAGCUCGGGCCCCGGGGCCCCCCGCGCUUCCGGAGAGACAGCCGCUGCAGACGUGCACUGAACAGACUCAGGCAGAGGAGCGGAGGUUUGGCUUCGGUCCACUUGUCUGCCAAAUGCAUAAAUGUGAAACCUAAAGCCCCUGGUGCUGUGAUUAUUGUCUGUAAAGCUGCUUUGAAACAGGUGGAAACGAUGUGUGUGCAGCUGAAGGAGGUCGGAAACAAGGUGAACUUCAUCAAGCGCUCUCUGCACACGCUGGAUUCUCAAAUCGGACACCUGCAGGAUCUGUCGGCGCUCACGGUGGACACGCUAAAGGCACUGACCGCGCAGCGAGCGUCCGAGGCUAGCAAAGUGCACAACCAGAUCACACGCGAGCUCAGCAUCUCCAAGAACCUGGGGCCCGACGUGAUGGGGCACUCGAAGUCGAGUGCGCUGGUGCGGUGCAGCGUGGGAUUCCUGCCUCCCGCCGCCAGCAUAGCAGAGUCUCUGUUUGGGGGCGGAGCUGAGGAGCGGCAGGGGGCGGAGCUUCCUCGGAGCCCAGAGGCUGGAUCGAGGUCGGAUCCGGCUCCAGCCACGUUCUUCGUCAGCACGCCGUCACAGCUCACCAUCUCGCACACACACACGGAGCCGGCGCAUGCCGCGGAGGAGUUCGGGGCCUUCGUGGGUCACAAGGAUGAUCCUGAGGGUCAGAGGUCGUUCCCUGAAGAGGCUGCUGUGAGCGGCCGGCAGUCGAGUCCCUCCAGAAAGGCUCGGGAUGCGGCGGCAGCGGCGCAGUGUCACAUGCGGACGGUGAACUCAUAUGCUGGCUUCACCGAGUUCGACCGAAACCCUUCGUUCCUGCAUCCAGAGUCCACGCUCGGUAAGCAGGAGAGGACGCGUGUGUCGCUGGAGGACGUCUCUCGUUAUGAGGAUCUGCUGCUGGGGAAAUCAACUCAAUCCAACAGACUGAGUCCAGGAGAUGACAUCUCAAACACUGCAGGUCUGUACGCCGGGCGACACACACACCUGGGGCCGCGUAAGGACUCGAUCGGUUCUCCGUUCAAGCCCAUGGAGAGUUAUCAGUAUUCAGCGGUGGAGCGUAAUAACCUGAUGCGGUUGUCUCAGAGUAUUCCAUUCACCCCAGUGCCCCCUAGAGGUGAACCGGUGACCGUGUACCGUCUGGAGGAGAGCUCUCCCAACACCAUCAACAACAGCAUGUCGUCGUGGGCUCAGCGCGGUCUCUGUGCUAAGAUCGAGUUCCUCAGUAAAGAGGAGAUGGGUGGAGGCCUGCGGCGGGCGCUGAAGGUGCUCUGCACCUGGUCCGAGUACGACAUGCUGAAGCCUGGACACCUGUACAUCGUCAAGUCCUUCCUACCUGAGGUUGUCAACACCUGGCAGAGCAUUUACAGAGAGGACACAGUCCUGCACCUCUGUCUCAGGGAAAUACAGCAGCAGAGAGCAGCUCAGAAACUCACGUUUGCCUUCAAUCAGAUCAGACCCAAAACCAUCCCGUACUCACCCAGGUUUCUGGAGGUGUUCCUGCUCUACUGUCACUCUGCCGGUCAGUGGUUUGCCAUCGAGGAGUGCAUCACUGGAGACUUCCGCAAGUUUAAUAACAACAAUGGGGAUGAAAUCGUCCCGACCAACCUUCUGGAAGAAACCAUGCUGGCCUUCAGCCACUGGACGUAUGAAUACACGCGAGGAGAGCUGCUGGUGCUGGAUCUGCAGGGGGUCGGCGAGAUACUGACAGAUCCGUCAGUCAUUAAGAGCGGAGAGAAAGGGUCUUAUGAUAUGAUCUUUGGCCCUGCGAAUCUUGGAGACGAUGCCAUUCGAAACUUCCGCACCAAGCAUCACUGUAACUCGUGCUGCAGAAAACUCAAACUUCCUGAUCUGAAGCGGAACGACUACACUCCUGAUAAACUGACGCCCUCCGAGGGCCCGUCCCAUUCGCCGCCUGCAGGGGGCGCCGCUAAAGAACAGCGUCCCUCCAUGCGCUUAAUGCUGUGAGCCGCACACACUCGCAUCACUGAAAACACUCUUCACAAGACAGAAACUAAGACACGGUGUGUGUGUGUGUGUGUGGAGGACACGUUUUAUAUGAACGCGUCGCCUCUGAACAAAUGCAAUCUAGAGAUGUUUUAAAAAGUCACAUUUUAUCCUGUACAAUUAUAACAGGGAGUAUGAGCUUUUAAAAGUAUUUUUUAACAUUUUUAUGUCUGUAUGAAACUAUAAAGUGGUUAAUAACUGGUACAAUAUCACUGUAUAGAGUUAAAUAUUUAUUCUAAACUACUACAAGUUGCCUUGUAUAAAAUAAAAGCAGUUUUACAUGUGCUGUCUGUCACUUUUUGGAAAGAACACUUGCUCAUUAUACUAUUAUCAGAUUUUGUACAGAGCUGUAUGCCAAGAGAAUGUGUUUAUGUACAGAGCUGUAUGAAUGCAUUUAUGGUUCAGACUUAUGUGUUUGAGUCUCUGGGCAGAUUGCAAUGCAAGCGACAGCGCAGUGUGUGUGAGAUUUCACUGAAAGCGGUCCAUGCAGUCGAGACUCAUAUGUUUAUGGUGUUACAGCGGUACUCUUGUGCUUUACUGUCGCCGGAGGAUCGUGAGAGUGUUAUUAAUCUAGUGUAUCUCAUAGAUGCAUUUAUCUGGCACGAUGCUAUCAGCUGAAAUGUGAGAAUAUUUGAUGCUGCGGAUACUAUAUUAAUGGAUCUGUACACAUUUUUUACUGUAUAUUUAAUAAAACACU